UAAGCAGGGCUGAUCAUUUCUGGUCGGUCAGGAGAGAACGGUAAAUGCUAACCAUUUCUUCUUUCCGGCUAUUUCGCGGCUCUUCUAUAAAUAGCAAAGAAACAAACAAAAAUGAACCUCUUUUUACGUUCCCUUCUUCUCUUUUCCUUCAUCCCAUCUCCCGAGCUUUCUCCAUUGCAAGCUCCAUUAUCGAUCGAGGCCGGAAUCUGAAGAAAUAAAGCAGAAAUAAUCAUGUCUCUGGAAGUCACUCCGGAAGAUUUCUACAAGAAUGUGACGGCGAAGCAGGAGAGGGUGUUCUGCUUCCACGCCAUUAUGACGACGUCGUCCGGCGUGUGGCUAUCGGACAACACCCUCUUGUUCUCGCUUCCCCUUCUCCUUUACCAGAUAGUCAUCAUCUUCAUCUUCACCCGCAUCACCCACUUCGUCCUCCGCCGCUUCUCCAUUCCCAUCGUCAUUUCGCAGAUUAUAGGUGGGAUUAUACUGGGGCCAUCCUGUUUGGGCCGGUUGAAAUCCUUCGAAAGGCUUCUCUUCGCCCCCCGCAGCUGGGAGCAGCUCAACACGAUCUCCAUCUUCUCCUUCAUGCUCUUCCUCUUCCUCAUCGGUCUCAAGACCGAACUCAGCAUGAUCCCAAAGGCAGGUAAAAAAGCCUUCGCCGUCGCCAUCUGCUCCUCCUUCCUACCCUCCGGCAUUGUCUUGCUCGCCGGCAUCCUCUUGAAAUCCCACAUCCCUUUACGCUUCAAAGAGACAUUCAUCAUCGUCAACUUAGCCAGCUCCUGGAGCAUGACUUCCUACACCGUCGUCUCCUGCGUCCUCGCCGAUCUCAAUCUCCUGACAUCGAAACUCGGCCGCCUCGCAAUGUCCGCCACACUAAUCACCGAAUUCACCAACCUCUUCAUCUCCGCCGUAAUCGGGUCUUACUUGGUGGGAAGCUAUAGCGGUUCCGUUUUACUGGGAGUGACGACAAUGGCCGCUUUUCUAGGGUUUAUGGCGUUUCUGGUGUUUGUGGCGAGGCCAUUGACGAUCCUGGCGAUAAAAAAAACAACGCCGGAAGGGGGAAUGCUCGACGAGGCCUGUUUCGUGGGGGUGAUAUUGCUGGCGAUCGGAUGCGGGUUUCUGAGUGAGUUGAUUGGGUAUCACGCAACAAUGGGGCCGUUUAUGUUGGGGUUGAUGUUGCCGGGAGGGGCGCCAUUGGGGGUGACGAUGGUGGAUAAGUUGGAGAGGUUGGUGGUGGGGGUAUUUUUGCCGGUGUUUCUGGCGACGGCGGGGUUGAGGAUGGAUUUGUGGACAUUGGGGGAUCGGGUCGGGGAGUGGAUGCUGCUGUUCUACUACCUCAUGCUCGGCGUAUUGGCGAAGUUUCUGGGGGGAAUGUUGCCCUGCUUCUAUUGCAGGAUGCCGAUUAGGGAGUGCCUGGCGGUGGGGUUGAUGAUGAUCAGCAAAGGGAUUUACGAGAUCGAUGCGUCUUGCAGGUGGCAGGAUGCAAGGAUUGUAGACAGGCAGCUAUUCACCGUGCUGGUCCUGGCAAUCGUGGCCGUCGGCGGCGGCUCAGCCCCACUCAUCAAACGCAUCUACCGCCCCGAAGACCGCUUCGUCGCCUACAAACGCCGCGCCAUCCAAUUCCUCAGAAGCAACAGCGAGCUCCGCAUCCUCACCUGUAUCCACGGACAAGAUCACGUAAACGCCAUGCUCACCCUCCUCGACAGCUUCCACCCCACAAUUAUCAACCCGGUCUGUCUCUACGCUCUCCAUCUCAAACCUCUGGCCGGCCGCGCCGCCACGCUCCUCACCCCUUACAACCGCCGCCGCUCCUCCGACACCGAACGCAUCUUCAAUGCGUUCCUUCGGGUGGAACAGUUAUACAGUGGAUGCUCCAUUCUUCCUUAUGUCUGCAUAUCUCCCUACACGGGGAUGCACGAGGAUAUCUGUUCCCUCGCGCUCGAUAAAAAGGUCUUCCUGAUCAUCGUCCCGUUUCACAAACAACUCGCCAUAGACGGCUCCGUCUCCACCCCUAUCCCCGCCAUCCAAUCCGUCAACUCCUCCGUCCUCCGCUUUGCUCCCUGCUCCGUCGCUGUUCUCGUCAACCACGGCCUCGCAACAGAGUCAUCCGCCUUCCGCUCCGGCGGCAUUCCCCACGCGGCCGUCUACUUCUUUGGUGGACCUGACGACCGGGAGGCGCUCGCUUGCGGUCUCCGAAUGUCCGAAAACUCCUCCGUGAGGCUCACCGUCGUGAGGUUCCGGAGACCUAAUGCGGCGGUGGAGGGAACGGAUGAGAGAAUGGAUGAAAGAAUGCUGGAGGAUGUGAGGAUAAGGAAGGCGGAUGGGAGCAGAGUGGUUUACGUGGAGAAGGUGGUGAGAGAUGGCGAAGGGACGGUGGGGGUGAUAAGGGAGAUAAGUGGGAGGUUCAGUUUGCUGUUGGUGGGAAGAGGGGAUGGAAAGGAGACGGAGAUGACGUCGGGAUUGUCGACGUGGAGUGAGUUUGCGGAGUUGGGGACUAUAGGGGAUUUGUUGUCUUCGACGGAUUUUGGAGGGAGGGUUUCAACUUUGGUUCAGCAGCAGAGGAGGGUGGCGGGGAGUGGGGCGCCGGAGACUGUGAGGAUGGGUAGGAUGUUUAAGGAUGGAGUUGAUGAGGACGAUGAUUGAUUCCAUGAAUGGGCAAAGUGAAGCUUUUUGAGGAAAUUUAUAGUCUCUGGUUCGAUGAGUCAACGUUGGUCUCUGUUUUUUAGAGUUAAAUUUGUGAACUUUUAGGUUUUAUUAUUAUUGUUAUUCAUUUUAAUCAGCUCAGUGUUGUGCGAAUUUCAAUGAGUUCAGCA